AUGAAGACUUCCUGGUUAGGGUGGUCCCUGCUCUCUUUGUUGACCGGCUCGACAGUGGCCGCGUCUGCGAAACUAGAAAAGAGAUCAAACCGUGGAGUCGACUCCGAUCAACCUACAGUCUUCAAUGGGCUGGAUGUUCCUCCAUUGACCCAACUUACUCCGGAUAACUUCGAGGAACUCAUCAAAGAUGGCCAGUGGCUCAUUAAACAUUAUUCGCCCUCAUGCGGCCACUGUCGACAGGCCGCACCGCCAUACCAGACGAUUUAUGAAUACUACUACACCUCCAACCCCGUCUCUCCAACCUCAGGGAAGUCGCCCGAUCCCAAGUCUCUCAAUGGCUUCACCACCUACUUCAACUUCCAUUUCGGCUCUAUGAACUGUCUAGCCCACGGAGACCUUUGCGAGAAGCUCGGAAUCUCGGCCUGGCCCACCUUUGCGUUCUACGACCAGGGUGAGCAGAAGGACAAGCACAUUGUUAAGAAUGUGAUCAAGGAUCUGAGCCCACUCAUCGAAGAGAAGCUUGAGGCAGCCAAGCCUGGUUCCCGUCCUCCCCAGGGGAUCAAGUUGCCUGAGGUUGGUGCCUCAAGCGUGGAUUCGAGCGCGGAACCCGAUUCCCCACUGGCCAAGGAUAAGAAUCCUGCAGCUGGUGUACAGGCUGGUGAGAAGCAAAACGAGCUGGCUUCAAAGAAAGAAUCCGGUACUUCUUCGGACUCCAAGGCGGUCGACACGAUCGAGACCAAGAGGAAACCUGAACCGGCACCUCCCAAUCCCCAGGGUCUCUCUGUUCCUCUCACCGCUGAGAGCUUCCAGAAGCUGGUCACUUCCACCCAGGAUCCCUGGUUUGUCAAGUUUUACGCCCCUUGGUGCGGUCAUUGCCAGGCCUUGGCUCCCAGCUGGAAGGAGAUGGCCAAGGAAAUGAAGGAUAUCCUGAACCGCUUUCCCGCCAUGUAUUUCUUCCGGGGUGGUCAGCGUGUGGAAUACACGGGCCUUCGUGGUCUCGGUGACCUGCUUUCCUAUACAAAGAAGGCUGUUGGACCCGGUUCUAGUAUUGAGGACGUUGAUGCGGCUACUUUCAAGGAACUCGAGCAGACUGAGGAAGUCUUGUUCCUCUACUUCUACGAUGACGCCACUACGUCUGAGGACUUCCGCGCUAUGGACCGUCUGACUCUCAGCCUCGUGGGACAUGCUCGCAUUGUUAAGACUAGCAGUGCUGCCUUGGCAGGGCGGUUCAAGAUCUCGACUUGGCCUCGUCUCUUGGUAGUCCGUGAUGAACGGGCCAGCUACUACAAUGCUCUUGCCCCCAAGGACAUGAGAGACUUCCGUGCAGUUCUAGCCUGGAUGCAAACCGUCUGGCUGCCCAUUGUCCCCGAGCUGACAGCAUCCAAUGCCCGUGAGAUUAUGGAUGGCAAGUACGUCGUGCUUGGUAUUCUUAGCCGCCGCCGUUCCGACGAUUUCAAGCAGUCCAAGCGGGAACUGAAGGAGGCCGCUCUUGAGUGGAUGGAUAAGCAAGUGCAGCUCUUCCGGCUUGAAAGGUCAGAGCUUCGUGACGCCAAGCAGCUCCGCAUCGAAGAAGCCGAUGAUCGCGAUGACCAGCGUGCUCUGCGGGCUGCUAAGAACAUGCGUAUCACUAUUCGCGAGGAUGACAAGAAGGCAGUUGCCUUUGCCUGGGUCGAUGGCGAUUUCUGGGAGCGCUGGAUUCGUACUACCUACGGCAUCGAUGUCGAAAAUAGUGACCGCGUCAUUGUUAACGACGAAGAUAAUCGCCGAUACUGGGAUACUGCUUCCAGUGGUGCUCCGGUCAUGGCCUCCCGUACUUCGAUCCUCGAGACCAUUCCUCUUGUCAUCUCCUCCCCUCCCAAGCUGGCCGCCAAGUCCACCAUUGGUACCUUUGAGACAUUCUUCUUCUACACCCGCUCUUUCCUCAGCAGCCACCCUAUUCUCUUCUUCAUUCUGUUGGGUAUCACAGUUGCGGUUGCUGCCAUCUUCGGUCGCGGACGCCUGCUACGCCGUAGCGGGCUUGCUCGUGGUGGCAUUAUUGGCAACUCCAAUGGCGGUGGCUUCUUCCACCUGGACGGCAAAGAGGGUAUCUUGAACGGAGGCUCGACAGGAAAAGUCGACUAA